AUGAUGUUUCUGUAUGAAAUUACCAUACAUCUGCUAUUCUCGCAAGUUUUGACGGCGAAGUCACUUGACACAGGACCCCAAACGCGUCGUAUUCUGCCUGCCGAUUCUUAUCAACUAUUGGGAACACCGGGCUUUCGUCAGCAGGGACAGUGCAACAUCACCUUCGCCUGGCUGAUUCCACCGCCUGUCUCCAGCCUGGACGCCUACGGUCAUGCGCUUGCUUGUACUCGGCUGCAACUACGUGACGGCCGUGUUGUCCACAGUACAUCGAAUUUGGAAACUGACACCCAGUCAAGAAGCAAUCGACCGGAAAAUGAGCUGAAACAUAUCAACAAGGACUUGGCAGCGACAAUGGCAGAUCUGGGUCAGCUGGAUGCUCUUAUGCGAGCAGACCAAGGGGCCUCAGCACUCCCCUUGUCCAGUCCAGGUAAUCAACUGACGGACGGAAGUCGGUACUUUUAUCUGGCCGACCGAAUCGGAAAUCUUAAUAUUCUAGUUUUACUGCGACCAGGACAACAAAUAAAACUGGAACUAAUUGACCCCAUUUCACCCGAUCAUGUAUUCACUCCACAACAUGUACUAUGUUCUCGUAAACAGUGUCCCAUAACUGAUGACAAGCCGCCGACUGAGGGCACCUGGAACAAGUUAUCUAACAGCAAUAAGCUACUAUCUGCUGCGUUAUUGAAAGUUGAAAAACAGAAUCGCGAUCUGUACAUUCAACUCAUCAUCUCACGUGUUGCGUGUGCGCUCGUCAGCCUUUUGUGCAUCAUUUUCAUCGUCACUACCUUAGCGCUAUGUCUUCGGUUACGCAGAUCUUCAGUGUGCUACAGAGACAAAUCUACUCCAUGCGAAUUUGGCGCUUACCGAGAGCAGCACCCUUCCCCAUCUUAUUUUCAACCAAACGGUAACUUGACUCUAGGCCAACCGUCACCGGUGUUUCUGACUGACGCAUCACCAAGACACGCUGGAUUAAAUCAACUGCCCAGCGAAACCGGUAGUGUGAGCAAUAUUGUGAUGAAUACAAGCAACAUCAGCGAGUAUGCAGGACUGCCUAUUACGUACGCGGCACUCGGCUCACAGUAUGGGGCUCUGACAGCCUACCCCGUGUCCGCGGGACGUACGGCAACAUGCAACGAUCGGUCCGGAGUGGUAACAUUUGUCCCCAUGACCUCUCGAGGAAUACUCCUCCCUUAUCAAACAGGGUCAACCAGCCCUGCUCCUUCGCAUCACUCACUGAACGAGACCAAAUCUGGCGUGACGCGGACCGAUUCUUUGGGUCGCUAUUCGGCUUCAAGCAUGUGCUAUACGGACAACGGGCGCCGUAGGCUGCUGCAAAUGAGCAAGCCCUUUGGGGUGGUGAAAUGCCCGAACGAAACCGUCCGAAAAUCGCAACUCGUGAACGCCAUAUUAAGCCAGCAAACUUCCGAGCGGAGCUCUGAUUUGAACUCAGAUGAGAUAGAUGGAAAGAUACACAGCGGCCGAGUGGCAAGCAAUUUGGGCUCCUUUCACCUACACAAUUCUACUAAACCCCAUGUUGUUCACCGUUAUCUAAGCGAUCCCCAGCCGGCAUAUACUGCGUUACCAACAACACGCAGACCUAUUAGCGAUGAUCCAGGGAAUUCCAUAGCAAGUCGCUCAAAUCAUAUUCAAGAACCAUGUGUGGGACUUACGAAGAAACCUGCUUUGGUUACAUAA